CCCUGGCCUUGUGCCAGCGCUCUCGACCAAUCGGCCACCACCUUUUUCUUCUUCCUUCUGCCACCAUCUUUCCGGACGGCAGAGGCAGAGUUCAAAUCCCACCAUAGCCUACACGCCCCUGUUCCCUCUGGUUAAAUUGAUAGCCUAAAACCCCCGUCGCCCACGCUUCUGUCACACUCACAGGCACAGCCACGCUCGAGCGAGAGCCACCCAAGCGGAGCCGAGCGAGCGCACCAAGCCAAGCCGGCCGGUCGAGAUGGCGUCGUCGUCGCCGCCGUCGUGGAUCAUCCUGGGCAGCGUGGCGCGGGUGUCCGGCACGGACGCCGCGGCCGAGGACAUCCCGCCGGGCGCCGACCUCGCGCUCGCCCUCGCCGCGCCGCCGCGCGUCACCCUGCUCACCGUGCCCCUGCGCGUCUCGCCCGGCCCGGACGAGUACCCCAUGGUCCUCGCCGUCGACCCCUCCGGCCUCCUCCUCCUCUCCACGCCCCCGGCCCCGAGGCCUCGCCCGUUGCCGCCCUCCAGACCCGACGCCGACGGCUUCGUCACGCUCAACAUCACCGACCGCAAGCCCCCGGGCUACUACGUCUGCGACGCCUCCUCCUCCUCCGCCGCCCGCCUCCCCGGCAACGGGCGCAGUUUCCUCGACGCCCGCUCCGUCGGCCUCCUCGCGUCCCCGGCGGGCGGCGGCCACUACAUGGUCGUCGAGCUCCAGCCGCUCAUCGGCAGCGACGAGGCCACGCUGCUCUGCUUCUCGUCCGUGACGGGGUGGUGGAAGGAGAAGGACGUGUUCUACCCCGUGCGCUACGGGAUCUGGAACACCGACGCCGCGAUCACCAACGCCGGGAAGCUCUGCUGGGUGGACCUCUCCUCCGGCAUCCUCUCCUGCGACCCGUUCGCCAAGAAGCCGGUCCUGGACUUCGUCGAGCUCCCGGAGGGCAGGCUGCGGCAGAAUAUCCACUGCCUCCACUGCGCCGGGAGAGAGCUGAGCACGCGCCGCUGCGUGCAGGUCAGCGCUGGCAUGUUCCGCCUGGUGGAGCUAACCUGCGGCGACCACAGCUCUCGGCCCAGGGGCGUCGUGCUCGCCUCUUGGAUGAGGCUCCAGCAGGCGCAGUCCCGGAGCCACCGCAAGGCACCUCGGGUGGUCAUGUGGACGCUGGCCGAUCAGGACACCGGGGAGUGGAAGGUGGAGCACAGGGUGAACUUGGCGGACGUCUGGGCGGAUGGGAGCUACAAGGCCACCGGGCUGCCCAAGAAAACACCUGUGCUCGCGCUCGUCCACCCCAAGAACCCAGAUGUGGUGUACUUCUUCCUGGGCAAGCACCUCUUGGGCGUCAACCUGCGCACGAGGAAGGUGGUGGAGUGUGAGGUCUACGAGCUGGUCGGACCGAGCAGGAAACAUGUCUCCUCCCGCUGCGUUCACCCAUGGGAGCUGCCGGCAACGCUUUGUGUAGGUAUUCCUAGUGAGACCGGCAGUGGUGUGAAUGACGGCUUUGCUUCUGUGGCUUCUAAUGAGAGGGGCCGAGAUUGAGGAACAGAAUUACCAUGGUGGCCUUUUCGCAGUUUGGUUCAGAUAAGGCCCUGGAACUGGAAGUAGCACAUCAAGUUAUUGCAAGGUGGCUAGAAUUAAGACAACUCCUAGGUGAUGACCAGCCUUGGCGUCAACAGCCUCCGGAUUGUCAUGUUUCAAAUGUUAACUUCAUGUUUUUAUCUACUCUUUAUGUCUGUUGGCACUUCAGGUGUAACGAAUUAGCUGGGUUACUCACUUGCUUGCAUGGACUUGUGCACUCUGCUCAGUAAUUUACCGUUGCAUGCUGUAUUAUCAA